CCUCAAUAGUGAAUGCCAUCGAAGACCCACUACUUAUUAUGACGCCUGGUACAAGUGACACUUUCCGACCAGAAGCUUUCAGUCAUUUGUGCUCCAUUACAGCAUGCCAUGGGAUAAGGUAUAGAGAGGCAGACGAACCAUUCUUGCUGAUAGUCGGCGAUUAUGGUGCCACAAUCGGACCCAAGUCUACGCUCUGGCCACGCUCAUUCUUUAACACCUGCGCCUUGCCUCGAAGCCUGCUGACCCGACUGGUACCCAACGAUGAGCAAAAAUACCUGGAGGGAAAGUAUGGCUUCAAUUGGUCUAGGGUGUCAGUCGAGGCGAGACUUAUUUCAGUGCCUACGUGCAAGGCACACUGGACUAUGACGCUCGCUGAAAAUAGAAAGAGCAUCAAUAUUUCUCCCGAGAAUCAGGAACUUCGAUACUAUGACGACUCUUCAUAUAUGAACGUUCACACUCUGGUAAUUUUGAGGCUAAAGAAUGCUCGGUACAACACUUAUCUGCAAAUGUGUGGUUUCCGAGUCAUUUGAAGCAGAGUGAAACCUGUCGUUGUGUUUAUUGGAUCUACCUUAAUUUCUGGAAUUUUGGUAGGAAUGGCUUUCUUGAUCUAGGUGACGGGCGUGGCAACGAUCUUUUCACCUUCUUACAGGAGAAGCGUUACGAGGCUAUUAUCUCUGCAGGAAGCUAUGUUUGAUGUUAAUUCGAGCUCUGUCUCAUAUAAAGCCGUCUGCUCCUGCUUUUUCACAAUUUGUAACUAGAUUCCGAGGAUAUCUUUGCUCUCAUGGCCGCAUCGUCAGGUUUGCUAAAAAGUCAAUUC